GGUUAAUGAUUGUUUUUUUUUUCAGGACAACGCUGCACUCGUUACUUAACAAUGUGGUUUCGCCUCUUAAAUAGUCCCCUGCGAUUUACAUUCUUCAGUCGUUUCCUGGCAAUAAACCUAAAGUAGUGUAUACCAAAAGUUAUAAGUGACAAACAAUAUUCAAAAAUGCGCAUCGGAGCUGUUAUUCCCAAUUUCAAGGCUGAUUCGACCAAGGGUCCUAUCGAUUUCUACCAAUGGCUGGGCGACUCUUGGUGUGUUCUGUUUUCCCAUCCGGCUGACUUUACUCCGGUGUGCACAACCGAGCUGGGUCGCAUUGCAGUCCAUAAGGAGCACUUCCAGAAGCGCAAUGUAAAGAUCUUGGCCCACUCUGUCGAUGAUCUCAAGUGUCAUGUCGAUUGGGUUAACGAUAUUAAAUCGUACUGUCCGGAUAUCAUCGGGAACUUCCCCUAUCCGAUCAUCGCCGAUCCGGCUCGUGAAUUAGCGGUUAAGUUUGGAAUGCUGGAUGAUAAGGACAAGAACGAUCCCGAAUUGGCACACACUGUCCGCGCUUUGUUCAUUAUCAGUCCUGACCAUCGCGUUCGAUUGACCAUGCACUAUCCCACAUCAACAGGAAGAAAUGUCGAUGAAAUACUUCGAGUCAUCGAUUCACUGCAGCUCACUGACCGUCUCAAAGUGAUUGCCACGCCCGCCAACUGGACGCCCGGAACGAAGGUAAUGAUCCUUCCGACCGUCUCCGAAGCGGACGCUGACAAACUGUUCUCCAACAUCGAACGAAUCUCGAUGCCGUCCGGCAAUGUGUACGUGCGGACCACUACCGAUUACGAGUGAUGAAUUAUUCACGGAAGGACCAGCAGGAAGGUCGAGGAUGAUUUUAGCGUUUACAGGUGAACAGAUACUGAAGUGUUUCAGGAAAAGUCAUAUGACUAGCUAACAGGAUGUUGAACUCUACAAUUAUGAAAUACAAAGGAUGGCCCUUUAUUCUGUCACCAAAGAGUAGAAAUACACUAAAAUCGUUUGUUUGAUAUUGACAAACCUUGUUAAACAGCUUCAUUUAUAAGAGAAAC